AUGGCUCGAAGCGGGCCUGCCGCACUGGACUAUUUGGGAUCGGAAGCCGAAGAUUUCAACAAAGCACAACAUUUGUAUUUGAAGCCGAUGGCUGUGAUCAAAAUUACCGUUGUUUUGCCCAGAAUGACAAUACCCGGUCAAUCAAUUUCAAAUUGGGAUCUAAUGGAGAGACUGAAACGAGCAAUCGAUCCGAUUCAAAUGGAUUCUUGUAAAGUCAGGGAGAGCAACAUAGACUCUGUAAUCUUCGAAGCCGAGCUGCUGUCACUAGGAAUCAUGCAAAAAACUAUGAAUAUCCUCGACGGAUUCUCAAUGAAAGUGUCGGGAUUUGCGGAGCCAUUAAAAGUGAAGACAAAAGAGGCAAAACUGGAUUUUCCCAGUCGACACGAUUGGGAUGUCUGGUUUAUGAAGAAUAAAAUUGAUGAGACGAAGCCAGGAGAGCGCCCAGAUACAGUAUAUCUUGCCAAAAUUCCAGUAAAAUGGUUUUGCGACGGCUACAACGACUUACCCUCCGAACGACGUCUUCGUGUAGCUAUGGAGCAAUUCGGAGCCGUCCGUGCUGUAGAUAUUCCUAUUUGUGAUCCGUUAAGAGCUCAAAUGAGCUCAAAAGUCUCUGGAAUUCAGCAAAAAGGUUUUGGCCUGGGCCAGGACGUCUUCUUCGAGGCCUAUGUGCAGUAUAUGGAGUAUAAAGGAUUCGCGACAGCUAUGGAUUCGUUGAGGAAUCGAAAAUGGGCGAAACGAAUUGAUGGACGAUUUUUUCAGGCGUUGAUCAAGGUGGAUUUCGAUCGGUCACGACAUCUCAGCGAGGCGCAGAUCGCGAAGCGGGCCGACGAACGACGACAAAUGGAGACGGAUCGGUUGAGGCAGGAGGAGGAGGAGCUGAAUGUGAAACGCCAAGAAGAGCUGAAAAUCAAGGAAGAGGAGAAUGAGAAGAAUCGACGACGAGAGGAUCGGAGCGGAAGCGAAGGGAGAAGAGAGCUGGAACGAAUGGCUGAGGAAGAAAAGAAGCGUCUGGAAAAAGAGCGUCUCGAGAUGGAGCAUCGUGCCGCAGCGAAUCGUCGUCUAGAAGGCGUACGUCUUCUGAAGUUCCUCUUCGAAAAGAUUGAGGCACGAGAAGAGAGAAGAAAACGGAAGGAUGAGGAGAAGUUGGCUGAUGAGUUGAGCAAGAUUAAGGAGCUCGUUAAGCAACCUGUGGAGCAGGAGGACGCUCUGAGACAGGCGCUAUUGCAGCAGAGAGAGAUUCGGAUGAGAGAACGGUUGAAGGAGAAAAUGAAGGCGGAAAGUGUCAAAAAGGAGAAGAAGAAGAGAAAAGAGGAGAAGAGGAAGGAGCGCAAGAGGAAGAGCAAUCGACAUGAUACUUCCUCAUCCUCAUCGUCUUCUGGCGACUCGGAUUCUGAAUCCUCCUCCACGUCAUUAAAGUCAACGGAUUCAGAAUCUUCAGAACGGCGACGUCGUUACCGUCGGAAGCGUCGGAGCAGCGGCGAACGACGUCAUCGUUCCUCACAUCAUCAGAAGACCAGACGUCGUGGAUCAUAA